AUGACAUCUCUUCCCGAUAAACCCAAUCCUAUGUCUCGACGACUCCCCACGCAACCAUGGCAAGAUGUUGCAAUAGACUUCAAAGAAGGCCUUCCCGGAGACAUGUCAUUGCUUGUCGUUGUUUGCUAUACCUCACGUUUUAUUCAAGCCGAACCAAUGAAACCGGCCACCACACAACGGGUUAUCGGAGUGCUUUUGAAAACGUUUAGCUUAUUUGGAAUUCCAAGGUCAAUCACCGCUGAUAAUGGCCCGCAAUUCAAGGCCCAUGAAUUUAAAAAUUUUUGCUUCAGCUACGGAAUACAUCUUAAUCUUUCUACCCCAUAUUGGCCCGAACAAAAUGGCGCCGUAGAAAGGCAGAUGCGCAACAUAGGGAAAAGGGUGAAAAUCAGCUCCAUUCAAGGAACUGAUUGGAAAACUGAUUUGAGCGAAUAUUUAAUACUAUAUCACUCCACUCCACAAGAGACAACCGGAUUGUCUCCGUAUAAAAUGAUGUUUGGGAGGGAAAUAUACAACGGCAUACCGUCCAUACAUCAACCUCCUUCACUGUCAUUGGAAGCAGCUAAGGCUAAGGACAUGGAAUUAAAGGAAUAUCACAAGCAAAUAGCAGACACUAAACGCAACGCUACGCAUCACAAUUUGGACAGGGGUGAUACGGUACUACAGCGGAAUCUGAAAAAAGGUGCAUUGCAGCCGAAUUUCACAGCAGAAGAGUUCGAAGUGGUUGAUGUCAACGGAGGAGCAGUUCAGAUCAAAUCCAACGAGACAGAGGAGAGCAAAGAGGAAUACACUGAGAGGGAAACAUUAAAACCGAAACUAAAUACGAUGGAUGAAACAAAUGAGAAUGAGUUCGAGAGACUGGAGGGACCUUCAGCAUACAACCGAGCGACGCUGGAGAGACGACGAAAGAUACCAGCUAAGUACGAAGACUUUGUGCUGUAA